AUGGGCAGCAGCAAGGAGGGCAAGAUCCGCUCGGCUCCGGCCUACACGAUCACGGGUCGCGAGAAGCCGCCUCUGAUACCGGUCAUGAUCUUCCCCGGACCGGGCUACUACGAUGGCGAAUACACCGUGGUGAAGCCCAAGCCGCCCGUCUACUCGAUGCGCGGCAAGUACAAGAUGGGCAGCGACGAUGCCAAGCCAGGACCCGGGGCCCAUUGUCCGGAGAAGAUAAACCUCUCGCACGUGCCCGCCUACAGCUUUGGGAUCAAGCACUCGCAGUACUUGGGGCGCCUGAACGAGAAGAAUGCCGAGUUCGACUACAGUUUCUCGGGAAUCUGCUGA